GAGUAUUGACCUUUUCUCUAAAUGUUAGUGGGAUGGAGAUCAAUAAUGCAUUAGAAUGUAUAUGGAUGCAGCAGCAGCCGCAGCCGCAUCCUGCUGCCGCGCACGCACCUGCGCGUGCCCGCCUGCAUGUGCGCUCAUUCCCUCUCCCCGCGCCGAGCUCUGCCGUGCAGUCUAUGGUCCAGCACAACACGAGCGAUCGGUUGUCGGUUUCAGCACGGGGCAGAUCCUGCAGCCGCUCGGUGCAGCAUGGCGACAGAGUUUCAUAACCUCCAAGAGAUGCAGCACUGUGCAUCGCUGGUUACAAAGGUCUUCAUACAGAGAGAUUACAGUGAAGGGACUGUGUGUCGAUUCCAAACCAAGUUCCCAUCAGAGCUCAACAACAGAAUUGAGAGAGCUUUGCUGGAGGAAACGGUGAAGACGCUAAACUCCUACUACAUGGAAGCUGAGAAGAUCGGAGGCCAGUCGUACAUGGAGGGAUGCCUGGCUUGUGCAACCGCGUACAUCGUCUUCCUCUGCAUGGAGACACGCUACGAGAAGGUUCUAAAGAAGAUAUCUGGCUACAUUCAAGAGCAGAAUGAGAAGAUCUACGCUCCUCGAGGUCUGCUGCUCACAGACCCCGUAGAGAGAGGGAUGAGGGUUCUGGAGGUCAGCGUUUUCGAGGACCAGGGCUCGGCGGGCUCCAGUCCCAGCAGCACCCUGUCAUCGGACAGCAGCGCUCGAUGACUGGAGGGCCAGCGCCAGGCUUACGGGUACCACCACAGGGGCAGCGGGACACUCACCAACAUCCGUAUGCUGAAACAUGAGAGCACCAGGUUCUAGGAUAACUGGAAAAGAAAAAGGCAAGGAGGUGAUCUGCAGCAUUUACAACUGUACCUGCUGGGGCCUUCAGCGUAUCAGGAAAGGCAGAUGAAAGGCACAAACACACUGGAUAGCUGGAAUCUAUAGGUAGAAUCCUUACAGAUAAAUAUUUUCCCCUUUCAUCCCAUUUUUCUUUUAUUUUCUCAUUCCUAAAUGUUCUUUUUCUUCAGUUCAUGAUGAUUAAGACCACUUAAGGGUUUAAUUUCUGAACAAUUGUCAAGACAUUCUGCUGUAGUAGUUCUGACAUUUGAAAGGUGGAAAACUACCAACCAUCUGGGAGGCACAUUGUUUCCGUUCUUCUUGAAUGACUGCACUUGUAUCAGGUGGUUGAGCCUCUUUGAAAACCAGCAAAUUGGGCCUUCGGUGGGAUUAUGCUGCUUUCACAUGCAUUUGAAUUAUUUAUCCUCCUCAUUCCCUACAGUGAAUACAAAUGAUACAAAUCACAGCUGCAGGUCACACUCUCACACACAGUCACACAUGCAUGCAUGCAUGCAACUCCACUGAAGGUUGAUGGCAUGUGCACACAUGCACACACACAGACAAUUAUAAUAAGUGGCCGUAACUUCCUGCACAGAUAUCUUCUGGUGCAGUCCAAUGGGAACAAAUUGCUGGUCAGUUGUGCUGGUUUGCCUUAGUUUGAACCAGAAAUUGGUCAUUUGAGAAGUGAACUUUAAUUCCAAUUUGCGUCAAAUGCAGCAAACCUUUUAGGACUAGAAAUAAAUAUGAGACUUCUUUUUAACGUUAGUGUGACCAACAGUGUUUGUCAGCUAUUUUCCUUUCCAUGCAGUAAGUGUGACAGUGCAGACACAUGAAAGAUAUAGCACUGCAGAAUACUGCUGUUAUUUUUUAGACAGCUGUUCCCAUGGUGACUCUUUAUGAACACAGUUGCCACAUUUGAUCAUGCUUAUGACAAAAAAAAUGUACCAAAGGUCUUGGAUUUGCUAUAAAAGUAACCGUAGAGCAAAUCCUUUUCUAUAUUUUUCCCAACUUAAAGGUUGAUAAAAGCUUCAAAAGAGCCUUCAAACUUGCUUGUAUAGAAAGAAAAAAAAAAAAUAUAUAUAUAUAAAUAUAUAUAUGGAAUCAUUCAAAUCAGGUGUAAUAAUUUGAGGCCUCCUGUUUUGUGCGCCUUAAAGGGUACCCAAACAGGGAAGUUUAUAGGCUGACUCCACCCACAGUCGAAAUGUGAACAUCCAGUCAGAGGGGCGGGGCUUGGGGGUAGGACUGUUAUCAUUACUGGAGCUGCAGAUCAUGAUGUGGAACUUCUGAAAAUAUGAGGGACUUAAAUUGUUUAACCAAUUACAAAAUUCAACUGCAAUACCUAAAUUCAACCCAAAGGGGGCAGCAAACAGACGUUUUUUGAAUAUAUUUUCAAGAAUUCAACAAAUUUAUUUUAAUUUUUGUAAAAAUUUGUCAGGGAUGGUGGAUGAAGGGCCCAAAUGCAGGAGACCAGAUUUGGUGAUGGAAACAAACAUUUACUAAAUCAACUUAAACAUGACAAAACCAGGAGAACAAAACAGUGACAUAACAGAGCAGAUGAGCUGACACUGCAAACCAGACACUGAAAUACACUGAGGUUGAUUAACUAAAUGAAAACAGCUGUGGGUGAUUAACCUGAACGUGGUAAAACUGACUGAUCAUGACAAAAUGUUGCAAUGACCAACAGACAGCACUUUUAAAGCCCCAUUUAUAGAGGCCAACAGCCAAAAAAAAGUUGAUUUAGGGUUUGAAUACCCUUUAAAGAGCAAAACUUCAAAUUUGUGUCAUCAUGAAAGAGUGUAUGUUAAUAAGAAGAUUAUUUGGACACAAUAGCUGCCACGUUAUAAAAAAAAAAUAAUUAAAUCUGCUAAAAAAAUAUAUAGGAGUUCUCAUUUAUUCCUUAAAAUCAUUUGGGAACAUUAUUUUUUUUUAACACCAUCUGAUUCAUGGUUUCAGUGGCAUUCCCCCCAAUUCAACCAUAUCUGCUAUGAGCACAUAUUUAUGUCAAAAAACUCAUCUAGCAGCUAAAAGUUGAGCAGAACUCAUGUUCUGCAUCAUCCCUGGUGACAGUUUGAUUAAAGCAAAUAUUGCCUGAGUUUAACCAACGCUUGAGUUUUACCGCAGUAGCUUGGAUCAGUUGUGCUUGUGUUCAGCCUCCUGUGCUUUUUUGUUUUUGAUGCCUUCAUGUUUCAUCCCCGGUGGACUGGACAUCCGACCUGGAGCUGAUGGUCCGACUAAAUAAAGAACCCAGACGUGAAGAAAGAUUCUCAAGAGACAAUGUAUUUGUGUAAAUGAACUGUACAGAGGAGGGAUUUUUAUAUUUUCAACAUGUAAAAAACGUACAGUUAAACAUUUAAUUCAAAAGCAUUCUCAUUUGGACCAUUUUUUGGUGCUGAAAACUUGGAGUUUGAAUGUUUUGUCUUUAAAAUUUUAGCAAGCAAGAAAGCUUGCUUGUUUUUUUUUUUUUUUAUUAAAAUGGUUGAUUAUGUAGCUUAUGAAUAAUAAUGAUGAUGUCAGAGAAGAGACAGAUUGAUCAGUGAUUAUAGGAAAAUCCUCAGGGGAACGUUUUACCAAAUUUAAAUUAUAAUAAAGGAAAGGCAUGAAAGUGUAGCCAAACUGAGUUUACUGUAAUAUAUUUUUUAUAUGUAUUUAUUGUCUUAUUCUUGGUGAGUGCAGAAUUUCUGGUCAAACACUUAAUACAUCUUGGGGGACUUCUGAUUUAAACAUUUAUGUAUUUUUAAAAGGAUCACAAAUACUAAAAAGUACCUUCAUCUUUCAGUAUAUGAUAUGAUGUGUAAAAAUGAAGUCGUUUAAGUUUAAAAUGUAAAGUUAGUUUAAAAAUACUCAAAACUGUCUGCACCUUAAAAACCACUGUAUCUACAGUGAACUUUUACUUUCCUGCUAAUCACCAGAAAUAAGUAAAAUCUAAUGUUAUAUGGUCAAAAAAGUUUAUAAAUGCACUUUAAAGGUAAACCUGAAUGCUGAUAUUGAUUCAUGAGGAGGAAUUGUUGCUACAAUAUGUUAUAUCUUUAUCAUUUAGAGUUAAAACAUUUAAAUUAUCAUCUAUUGCCUUGAAAAAAGCCAUAAUUGUUAUUAACAGAUGGAAGAAAUAUGAGGUUUUAGGAAAACAAUUGUAAACAACUUAAGUUUGUACAUUAAAAAAAUAUUAAAACCUCUGAUGAAAUGAGGCUUAACUAUUUUAUUUAGGAUAAUUGCAAAUUAAUCUUUCAAAAGAAUAGUCAUUUAAUGCAAAGGCCUAUUUACUGUAGCUUUACUGUCGACGUUUGGUUUAUCUCUAUGCAUAUCUGAUCAAAGCAUCAGAACAGGCUGGGAAAUGUGCAAAAAAUGUCUUAAAGUGACACUAAAACAACCCCCCUUUUUGAACUGAAAUGGACCAUGUGACUUUCUAGUCUUUAAAUAUUCAGACACAUUAACUGAACUGCAUAAAAAUUAUUCCAAUAUUUUUGUAUGAGGUUCAGUGAUAGGAUUUUUGGUAUUUAUUCCACCUGUUAUCCUGAGAAACAGAAUUUUUAUAGAUUGAGCUGUUAUAUAUAUCAAAAUACCAUAGCUACUCUACAAGGGAAAUUGAUUUUACUUAUGCUCAACAUAAUGAGCAAAAACAUCAGUUUACUUCAUGUUUUUUGUUCAAUCAGAAAUAAAUUUGAUAGGAGAUCCCAGGAUAGAUUCAACAUAUCUUUGUACCUGUGUCCUUUUACUUCAAGGGUAAUAUUGGUAUCCAGUUUGGAGGAACUAGUGAUACUUGAAAGCUGUGCCAAGCAAGAAUUGUACAGUUUAUUUCACAAAAUUCAUUUUUUUUUUACAUGUAUUUAUAAUGUCCUGUGUCUAAAAGUGUGUUAAGUCAAACUUGAAAAUAGCAAAUAACGUGUUUGAUAAACUACGGCUAGUCGUUGCCCAGCAGUGCAAUACAAAAUAAGUCUUCCUUAAAAGGUGAAAACUCUGUAUAGUCUUUGUACAAAUAUUUUUGAGUCUUUAGCUCAUGACUUUGUUCGCUUCAGAGCAAUUCAGUUGAUGUUUUAUGCUGAUGUCAGCAGAAACAAGUCAGCUCCAAAUGAUACUCUUUCUUUGGUGAUGUCCCCAUUUGUGCUGCAGAGAGUGUGGAAUUACUUGAUGCUGUUUAUGUGUUUACUGGUAUUGAUGUACACUGGAUUUAAAAAAGUCUGUUUUGAUUCCUUUUCAAAGCAUGGAAAGAUGUAUUUAUCUGUUUAAAAAGAUGAAUAAAGUGUGUGAGAGUUUA